AUGCUGGUGUCACGCCCUCAUCCGACGAUCCAGAUUCUUCCCAUGGCUGGUCGCCGUGUCGCCUCUGGUUCUCUUCUCGAGUCUUUCCACCUCAACAAUAAUGCGUUUCCCGCAGCACCGGAACUACCCUCGCUGCUGCCGAGCGUACCCAUCCGCAUCCCAGAAGCGGUCAGAUCCCGCCUUCCCCUGCCACACCACUUUGGGAACAAGUACGACCUUCCCCAGGCACACCUCUUUGCAGACAAAUCCCACAUACCCCGGCCAAACGUUCCCAGCGUGAGUCCGCAGCGCCGCGUCACGACUGGCGCCGAUGGAGCAAGAAAGCUGCUCAGCAGGCUGCUGGAUGAGACCCCUUAUACCGAAGCUUAUAAUAGCGCGGAUGCGUACAGCGCGGCGGUGCUCGCGCCGACAGCAGCAGAGGCACCGGCGUCGGAAGUGGAUGGUGCGAGUGGGGGAAGCGACAAUGAUGAUGGCGGUGGUGGGACCGUGCGCCACACUGCGACUGGCGGAGAGGACGGAGAAGUGGACGGGGGAGGCGACGGCGGAGGGGGCGGGGGAGGGGGCGUGGGAGCCGACGGCGGUGGGGGCGGGGGAGGGAAUGGGGGAGGGGACGGCGGAGGAAGCCCUGAGUGGCCGUCAUUCGCGGAAGGGGGUAGCGCGGGGAGCGCGGAGAGUCGCCCACCUGCCACGUGGUGCGAUAGCGAGGCUUGCUUACGUGGCGCGCUGCUGGAUCGCGCACCCGCCAUCUACCUCACGAGCCACGUGUACCUGACCCAUGGCGAGCUGCCAGCUGUCAGGCACGCGGUGGCCGUGACGGGCUUGUGUUCGUCCGAUCAGUGCACGGUCGACGGCCAGGGGCAGUCCAGGAUCUUCACCGUCCGGGCAGGCGGCUACCUGGCGCUACAAAACAUCGCUCUCGUGCACGGAUUCGUCCCGCGGGGCAAGUUCGGAGGCGCAGUUUUUGUUUCCGGGCUGCCCGACUCACCGCCUUCACCAGGGGAGACCCUGCCCGGGGCCUACCUCUCCGCUAUAGGCACGAGCUUUUUCAAUAACAGCGGAGGGAGCGGAGGCGGGGCGGUGGCUAUUGGGAGCGAUGCAGCAGCGUUCUUCCAUGGCGCCAAUUUCGCAUUUAACUCCGUUUUUAUGUGGUUUUUCGGCAAUUUCUCACAGAAAUCUGUGGUCGCAACCCAUAGUACGUCAUUGUGCGUUUCUCGAACAUGGUCUUGUUUUCUUCCACCCUCCGCCCUCCACUCUCCACAGGACGCCACUGGCAAGCACCGGAGCAGGGGAGGGGCCAUAUACCUGGGGGCACAGACCGACAGGAGCAUAAGAAUCAGAACAACCCCCAGUCAGGCGCACGCUGAGCACUCACUGAGGCACCCUCCCGGAUCCUCCCACUCUCCCUCUCCACAGGACGCCACUGGAAAUCACCGCAGCAGGGGAGGGGCCAUGUACCUGGGGGCACAGGCCGACAGGAGCAUAAGAAUCAGAAUAACCCCCGAUGAGGGGCAUGAGGGGACCACCCCUGGCUCUCACAAAGCGCGGGAAUGCUCACGAGGAGUGGACUAUACUGCUGCUGCCUCUCCCUGUGUGACUGUGCUCGACUCGCUGUUUGUUGCCAACUCGGCUGCUGUUGGAGGGGCUAUGUUUGUGGAUGGGGCCGACCCUACCUGCCACAACGCAUCAUCAACCCAGAAGGACAACAGCAUAAAAGGAGCAUCACUGCACAUAGGCAAUGCUCUUUUCGAGGCAAACAGGGCUACUAUCGACGGUGGGGCAGCUGCUGUGGGGUCUCACGGCCGGCCAGGAGGCCAAGCUUCCUUCUCCACCGUCCGAUUUGAUCAGAAUGCUGCCGGGAGGGAUGGAGGGGCGCUGUAUGUGGGGGGAGGGAGACCCGAGCAUGCCGGCAGCAGAGUCACUGUCUAUGAUGCAGCGUUCCUCAGCAACACUGCUGGUAACCUGGUCGAUAAUGUCACAGGAAAUCCUGCUGGUAACCCUGCUGGUAACCCUGUUACAGAGCCUGCGGUCAGAGAGUCUGGGCCUCCUGGGAAGAAAAACCUUCAAGGCGGUGCUGACGUGGCACAAUCUGAGACGCCACGAGAAUCUGGUCAUCCUAAGAGGGGAAACCUUCAAGGCGGUGCUGACGUGGCAGUGAGGCGAUGGGCCUCUGCGCACAUCCACCACAGCACCUUCCAGGAAGGCAACGUGACUAAAUCUGAGUCGGAUUGCCUGCACGCCCCCCCAGCCUUCAGUUGCCCCUUCCUUCCCACCUACCUCAAGCCAACCACUCCCCAUUCUGCAUUACCACCAGCACCAGCAUCUGAAGCAACCUCAGCAGCAACUGCACUAUCUCCCACCACACCUCGUCCCCUCUCCACCAUCUCCUCCCUCCCUGCUUCAACUGCCACACCUGCUACUGCCACUGCCCCUUCCCCCAGCCCCACAUCCACCUCUCCUCCCUCGCCCUGCAUCUGUCCCCAACUGGAAGUGCAACUGCCCUCCACCCCUCCGAACUCCCUCUUCCCUACCCCCGCCUUACCUCCUCCCUGCGCUCGUCUCCUGCAAGAGAAGCUUCAUUCGGAGCCACAACCACCAAGGUAUAAUGGAACAACGCAUGGCAAUGUGACGGGAGACCCUCACUUCGUGGGGCGGCAUGGGGAGAGAGUCGAUUUCCACGGCAAGCCUGGGGAGAGCUACUGCUUGCUCUCAGAUUCAAACGUACACGUUAACAUGCGCCUCGUUGCUGGGCCGCAAAACGGGACAACGUAUAUGGAUGAAGUUGGCAUCCUGUAUCGAAACAAGGCGUCACGCAACAGUGAAGAUGAUUUGGUGGAGAUUGUUGUGGUUGCUGUGUCACACCCCGGUGCAAGGAUUCCCGGUUUCCAAGGAGGGCUUUUUAUGAAUGGAGCUGAGUUGCCGAACGUUGAUUUGACAGUCUCCACGAGCAAUAAGAUGCUCAGAGUGGAUCGCACUAGCAGAUCCGUGCGGAUUCGCGUCACAAGUACACUCGAUAUGUUUGUUGACGUCAGAAGAGCAGCGUUCAAUCACAAUGUCGGUAAAUUGGUGCACCACAACCAUCUGAAUGUGAGGUUAGGGAGUUUCAAAGGGUCAAACUCUGUGCAAGGGCUUAUUGGGAAGACCGAUCAGACUAAUGCUUCCAGGCAUGAAGAAACAAAAGGAUUAAAGGAGGGUGACAGCAAGGAGCACGUAAAUCUUGAUGCGCAGGAAGCGGCAGCUCGCGUGUUCGAAUCCUGGUGGCAGUCGGAUCUGCGAGGCAAAAACACACUCAUUGCACAGACGCUUCCGUAUCUCCUCGCGAGAUCGCUCGAGCUCUCUCGACCAGUAGACGUGCGACGCGUGUACGCCAUGCGCGACGCGUUUUCGGAGCUCGAUUUCAGCGACGUGGAGAGCAUAGCCGGGACUCGCGGGCUGCUACUAAGGUGUCUCUUCGCGCCGGUGUAUCUAAAGACCACCGAGGGUCGGCGAUUCCUUUCCUUCUUCUUACUUCUAGACCUCCAGCUCCUGAAAGAAUCUAUACUCAUUAUAAGGAAUCAGAUUCCGUCGGGAAGGAAGUCGUUACUAGAAGCGUACGGCGAGGUCUUUUUCCGAGCCUGGCGAUCUGCCGAGCCUGGCCCGCGCUUGUUGGAGAUCGAGUAUGGGUUUCUGCAGGGGCUGAUCGAAGCUGCGGUUUUCGCUCGGACGCCCGAGCUGGGAGCGGCGGUUCGGCGGGUGGUGGUCGGAUUCUCCAGUCAGAUGCUGCAACGUGGCGUGGACGAGCUGCUUCUGCGCGCCGCCAAUCCCGCUGUCCGCCGCAACGCCCUUCUCCUAUUGGCCGAGCUCUUCCCUCUCCGCGACCCGGCACAAGGACGAGAGGCGAACGAGUCGCUCCUUUAUCGGCAGCUAUCUCUCCUCUUUGAUCGCCUCUUAAUGGACCCCUGCCCCGCGGUUCGAGCCUCUGCUGCUGAGGUGGCAGGGCGGGUCCUCUGCGUCUUCUGGGAGGUUAUCCCGUCGGGCGUCGCCACGUCAGCGCUGACGCGGAUGGUUGACGAGCUGGCCGCUGACGUGGCCAGCCCUGCGGUGCGGAUGGCAGCAGUGCGGGCGGUGGGGCACCUGUUACAGGGUAACCCUGUUUGCCAUGAGCUGUUACGGGGGAUGCUGCCGCGAAUAGCUGCAGGAUUGAGGGACAGGUCGCGUGGGCUCAUACAGGCUCUGGAGGAACCCAACGACCCAAUUGCAUCCCGCCACGUCACCCGCGUCCUCCUGCCGACCUACCUGCCGCCUCACCUGCCGCCCGUUGCUGCUGCCGGCCGCUUCAUCACCCUCAUGCAGCGGUCUCUCCCUGCUGCUGCCGCUUUCGCGCGCUGCAGCUUCCAGGAAGUUGCGAAGGAUGGCACGGGGAAGAGGGGGCUAACGGAGAGAGGGGGAGGGAAGGGAAUGCUAGGGAAGAGGCAGCAAGAAAAGUUAGGGAGAGGAAAGAAGGUUCCUGGAAGGAAGAGAGGUGCUGCUGGUGUGAGAGAGGUCUAUAACGAGGAUGCAGCAGAGGAGAGUGAUUCGGACCAAUCAGAGCUUGCCAGCGAGGCAGCAGGCCCUGUGAUGCCUCCCUGUGUGGUGGCCUACCGCCUGGAAAUCCUUUUGGGCCAAUCAGAAGCGAGAGCAGGGUUACUGCGCAUGCCCGGGGUGCCCGGGCGGCUGCUGGGCCUGCUGAGGACAGCUGUCGACACACAACUCGCUGGGAUGAUCGACACAGCGAAUGGUGCCCCUGCUGCUGACUCUGGUUCGCACGGUCCCACGUCUGCUGAGCAGGGUCCAGAUUCGGUAGUGCGGAGUUCGGAUGAAGAGUGGGUGGAAGGAGCAGCACUGCGGGUGUAUGUGAAGCUGCUGGUGCUGAUGUGGAGUGAGAGGCAGCACGAGGAGCAGGAGCUGGGACGGAGGGCGCAGAAGCAAGGACGACUGGCAGACGACACGGGAUGCUCUAGCUUGAAGUUCUCGCGUUUUCUGCCAUCACCCUUCCCUCUCUACCUUCUCCUCUGGAUUUCCCAACUCCCCCCCUUGUGUCCAAUUCCCCCCUCCCCAUUGCAUUCCCCAGGAGGAGAAGACCGCUUGGGUUUAGAUCCGAAGUGUGCGAACCAUGUGGUCGUGUUUACCAGCAUCUGCGACGGAAGUUCCGGGAACUCGGCUGGAGCAGCGCAAGCGAGGGGUGGGGCUGAGGCGGCUGUAGCCGCGGGGACGGCAGGGCGCGGAGGAGAGUGGGCUGGUGCCGGCGGAGUGGCGAAGGUACAGGCGAUGUUCGCACCGCUGGGAAUUCAAGUCUCGUGGGUUGACGUCGGCGCUACGGUUGGGGCAGUGGGGGCAGCAGCGCCACAGGCGGAACCACAGGCGGUCCGGGGAGCAGAUGCGCGCGCGCAGGAUCGGCGUGAUGGCGUGGCGAAAGGCUCUUGCGGCUUCAGCAGGGGGGCUUAUAGCGAGUACGAAGGCGAAUACGACGGUGCGGAGAGUACAGUUUCAAGAGCCAGUAGGAUUCUUUCCGGCAACGUGGAGCUGACUCUGCUAGACAUCCAACAGAGAGUAGAAAUUUCCCGGACAGAGGCAGCUGAGGCGCUUGCUGGGGGGAAAGCUGGAGCUGGAGGAGUGGAUGGGUUGAGCGCUAGGAGGGGUUCUGAUAGGACUGGGGCUGCUCAAGACGAGCCGUUUCUCCAGUAUGUUCUUCUGGAAAAGAAACCCACGGUCACAGGCGGUGGUACUGCAAAGGAGCCGCAGGGAGAGCUGUUCGGGGUUCUUCUGAGGUUUCUGGAGGAGGAGGGGCUGGAGGCGCAUGUAUACGUGAAGAGCAAGCGAGUGUCGUGUGCGGGGAUCAUAGCGCCGUUCGCAGGGCAUGUGGCUGUGCUGAGGAUCCGAGACUGCCCGACUUUGCUGGGUCGCCAGCGGCGUAAGCCGGAGAGGCCGCUGAGGAAGCCGGAAGGGGUUAGGCAGAGUCGCAGCCGGGGUUUUCAGGUGUCUGGCCGAGGCAGUGCGAAGCGUAGGCACCAGGAACGGCAUCAACAGGGUUACCAGCAGGAGGGUUACCAACAGGCGAAGAUUCCCCGUAGUGGUGCUAGCGAGAAGGAGGCGAGGGUGGUUAAGGGAAGGGUGGAUGGGGAAGGUGGGAGAAGGGACGGGGGAACGGGAGGAGCUAGUGGGGAUGCGGGGAGAAUGGAGGGUUCUGGGCGCGUUGACGAGAGCGUGGGUGUGUCUGGUAGGAAAAAUGCAGGGGAGAGCAAGGUCAAGCGGGAGGGUGCGGGGAAGGGAGUGGGGAAUGCAGAAGGGAUGUCAGGGCAGACAAUGAGGGGAAUCUUGAGGGAAGAAGAUGCCACCGUGGCGUUUAGACCCGUUGAGAGUGCUGACAGGCUGGCAGAACGCGUGGCUGACGUGUUGCAUGACGUGGCAGCGGAUCUAUACAGUGCUGCCGCGGGAUUAGUGCGAGAGGCGCGGCGCUUCGCUUCCAAGCUGUCCCCUCAUCGCCCCUCCUCCGCCCCAUGCUCACAUCUGUUUCCCUCUCUAUCCCUUUUAACACCCUUCCGAACCCCCAGGUACCGCACCAAAUUUCCCAACUUCCUCUCGCUGCUCUUCUCCAAGCUUCGCUUUCAAAGCAGCCCCCUCAUCGCCCCUCCUCCGCCCUCGGCUGUAGCACGAGCUGGUUACCACCCAGGGGCGCCAGAGGCCGCUACAGCCGUCACUCCCCCAGAGGCAUGUCUUGACUCGACUCAGAACCCGGCUGUAGCACGAACUGGUUACCACCACCCAGGGAUGCCGGAGCUCACUACAGCUGUCACUCCCCCAGAGGCAGGCGGUAAUGCUGGCCCUCCCGAAAAUGCUGGUCCGGGAUGUAGUGCUGGUUUGGAUGGGAGUGCUGUUCAGGAAGGGGGAGGCAAUGCUGCUGUGCACGCCAUGAUUGUGCGUGACCUGUCACGAGCCUUUGGUGCUGUGGCCGAGGGGAGGGAGAAAGGAGAGGAGCAGCAGGGGCAGCAAGAGCGUGACGGGCGGUGGACUGAAGACCAGAACGUUUUGCAUGGGAUAGAAGCUGGAGAAGUAAAGGAGGACGGAAAGGAGGACGGAGAGGUGGGGGAGGAGGAAGAGGGGGAGGUGGGUGAGGAGGAGCAAGAGGAGGGAGAGGAAGGGGAGAGAGAGAAGAAGAGAGAAGUGGGAGAGGAGCCGGAGGAGGGAGAGGUGGGGGACGAAGAGCAAGAGGAGGAGCAAGAAGAAGAGGUAUCAUUCAAUGGAGUAUCAGUGCGGUGCAGCAGAGAGAAAUCAGUAAGCACCCUGAUUCCUCUGCCCUUUGGGGGAAGCGACAGGGGGAGAGUCAUGGGCAUAUUCGGCAACAAGCACAGGCACGUCAAAGAACACAGAACCGCCAGCAGCAUCCCCAAUGCAGUGAUGCUGGUGGGUACUCUGGAGAAUGCUCCGGCAAGGAGACAAUGA